AUGAAGCUCAUCAUUUUCUUCUUCUGCGUGCGUUUUGUUUGCUCAGAGAGGCACACCUUCACCAUAGCUUACACUGAAAUAAAUGGACAGACGAUUGCUGGAUUCCCAGAGAUUUCUGCUGUAACUACACUGGAUGGACAUCAGAUUGAUUAUUAUGACAGUGUGACAAAGAAGCUGAUUCCCAAACAGGACUGGAUGAGGUAUGCAUCUGAAGACAUCUGGGAAGAAUACACUGAGAUCAGAGAACGAGUGCAGCAGAUCAACAAAAUCAACAUUACUGUUCUAAUGCAGCAAUUAAAUCAGUCACAUGGUGUUCAUGUGUAUCAGAGGAUGUAUGGAUGUGGUUGGGAUGAUGAGACUAAUGAGUCAGAUGGGUUUGAUCAGCACGGUUAUGAUGGAGAAGAUUUUAUCACACUGGACCUGAAGGAGCUCAGAUACAUCUCAGCUUUACCACAGGGAAUAUCCACAGUGAUGAAGUGGAACAAUGACACUGAACAACUUGAAUUACUGAAACAAUACUGCGAUAAAGACCGCAUUGACUGGAUCAAAUAUUUCUUGACAUUAGGGAAAGAGGCUUUGACUAGAAGAGUCUCUCCUUCAGUGUCUCUGAUACAGAAGAAUCCCUUCUCUCCAGUAGUGUGUCAUGCCACAGGUUUCUACCCAUCAGCAGUGAAUAUCACCUGGUUAAGAAAUGGAGAAGAUCAUGAUGAGGAUGUGGAGCUUGGAGAGUUUCUACCAAAUGAAGAUGGGACCUUCCAGAAGACAUCUACCCUCAAUAUCUAUCCAGACAAGUGGAAGAAGGACCAGUAUGUUUGUGUGGUGGAGCACGAGGGGAUGACCAUCCAGAAGAAUCUGACUGAGGACGAGAUCAAGAGAAACAAAACUUUGAGCACCUGGUGGUGA